CGGGUUAGAAAAGAAAAGCCCCGCGUCUUGCUGCGCCGCCGGGGGAAGGGGCGUCUUGACUGGGCCCCGGCAGACGUAUUCCCCUGUCUUGUCGGAGGUGCCAGAUAGCCGUUCGAGACCUCUGCCUUUGGAGACCUCGCAAGGAAGUCGACGGGGCCCUCUGACGGGCGCCCGGGCGACAUGGCGUGCGCGGAGCUGUUCAUGAUGGCCCUCAUGGCGGCCUUGAAAAAAAGCAACAUGACCCACGAACCGAUUGUCAUGUGGCUUGGCAACUCGUCGUCACAGCCGCAAGUGAUCCCUUGGUCUAGUAUCAACAGACUGCCCGAUGGCGCACCAAAGCCAAGAGUGACUGGGAGCAGUUCCAAAGAACUAGCGAAGUCACUUCACGAGUCCAGGGAACACGCUAAGACGUCGCUCUCGUGGCGCAGGUCGACGACAGUGGCGGCGCUGCGGUUGCAUUCUCGGCAUCCGCAAAGCAAGAAGAACGGCGGGUCAGGCAAGAAGAAAAAGAAAGGCGCCCAAGGUCCGCAAAAGAAGAACAAAAAUGGCGGGAAGAAAAAGCCGAAAAAAGGCUUAAGGAAGCAGCACGGCGGCAAGGGACACCCGAAACAGAAAGGGAGGAAGAAAGCAAAGGGUUCGAAGAAACCACCACACAGGAAGAACAAGAAGAAGCAGACGACAAGAAGGUUUCAGGCGAAGCAAAGCACGCGUGGUCAAGAGUCGUCGAGAUCUCCAGAAGUAAAUCAUCCUAAAGGGACAACGCGAGAACACCGACGUCAUCGCCAUAGCUCCGGAUGGCGUGAGCGCAGCCAUUCGGGAAAGCGGACGACGAUAUCGGGUCACUCGGAACGAGAUAAGGCGGACGCCGGUAGCGAUAAGACGUCGCUAACGUGGACUUCGACGAGACUCGAAGAGACGUCGACUAGUACUAGGCGGUCGGAAACCGAAACGCAAUCCGUCUGAAGAGAGCGGCUUGCCAGGAAAGGCGACGCGUGAACCCAAUGAACGGAACAAACACACGACGGCCCCGGAUCACGGAACAGAGCAGUCGGGUGAUCGAAGGCAUCAGGGUAAAAAGAAACCGGAGAAGUUUAACGAAAAUACGGAACCGGUACACGGUGGACGUCACAGGAAACACCAAACGCCGCACCACGGACGACCACCGCAGGCGUCAUCGCCUCACCACGGAAAGCAGCGCCAUACGCACUCAAGCUCGCCGGACAAGGAAGCCACAGCCAGUAGCCACAAGGCAACCACAACCAGCCUGGACAAGACGAGUCACAAACAUGGCGUCGGGCAAGUCGCCGAAGCCAGCAGCCGAUCACCGAGCAGAACAUCGUCGACCGUUACUCCCCCUCCAAAAACCGAGUCUUCCAAGCCAAUUGAGGCGACAAGCCAAGGGCCUAUUGAAAAACGUGGCAAGCCUCUGGGAUCGUCCUCAACCGCUAAGCCGACGGACAGCCCGAAAACGCAUGCGACUAAGAGUUUCUUCAGCGGUUCGCGCAAGGACGGUACUGGAUCCAGUGGCGGAGAAAAGUCUGGUACGCCUGCAGAAGUGACCACAGCAGCUUCUAAAACAAACUCGGACGUGACGUCACUCUCAGCGGCGCUGCGUCGACACGAGGAGGCUAGGAAGGACAGCGACAAGACGGCGGAAAACGAUGCAGCGCAGACGAAGCGGCCCGAAGCUAAAGCCGACCAGGCAGCUCCGAUGUCACCGGUACCAGCUCUGCUUACGGGCGGUGGUAGCAUGUCUCCACUUUUCCGAACUAUUCCCGUGAAAGCACCCGAAGCUUCCACCAGUAAAUCAAGGAGGUAACAAGGGAUCGAGGUAACAACGAGACCGUUUUCUUACGCGCAAGGGCUGCAUUUCAUAAGCAAGAAGCAUUUUUUUUUAUCGCGAGACAGCUGGUUAUAGCGUGAGGUCCGGGGAGAGACCAAGUUGCCUAGCCUGCUCGAAGGCGACACUUAACGUCGACUGUUGCAGACCUUAUUGAGGUGACUAGCGCAUGAUGACGUCAACAAGCGAGUUAACGGAGCGACACGAAGUGAAUGCCGAUGCUAUACGUUCCACAAAGAACGGCGAA